AUGUGGAAAGGCAUACGGGCUAUCACAAACUACAGGAUAGCCCCUCCUGAGUGUGAUGAUGAGGCGGACUUCCUCAAUGAACUCAAGAACUUCUUUGGGAGGUUCGAGGCACUAAAUAACACUACUGCAGUGAAAGCUGUUCCCCAUCAGGAUGAAAAGGCACUCUGUCUUGAUACAGCUGAGGAGCGGAGGACUCUGAGGAGAGUCAACACAUGGAAGGCCCCAGGCCUCGAUAAUAUUCCUGGUCGGUCCUGCAACAUCCCUCCUGCCAACCUUGAGAUCCUCGCCAAGGACCGCCUGAACUGGAAGUGGACUGUGUCCCAGGGAGUCCGCCACUUCGAGGAAGAACAGACCAGGCUGAGGGAGGAGAAACGGGCCCAGCGAGCGACACCUUCGGGUUCAGCUGAUUCCUACACGAGUAGACCCUCGGACUCCGACCUGUCCCUGGAGGAGGAUAAGGAGGCGUCUCGGCGGGAAGCCGAGCGCCAGGCCGUACUGCAGCUCGAAAGAGCCAAGUCCAAACCUGUGGCUUUUGCAGUAAAGACUAAUGUGAGCUACUGUGGGGCCCUCGAUGAGGACUGUCCUGUGCAGGGUGCAGCUAUCAACUUUGAAGCCAAAGACUUUCUCCAUAUCAAAGAAAAGUACAAUAAUGACUGGUGGAUCGGACGACUGGUAAAGGAGGGGGCUGAUAUCAGCUUCAUCCCGAGUCCAGCCAAACUGGAGGCCAUGCGUCUCAAGCAGGAGCUGAAAGCUGCACAGAGGAAAGCAGGAGGGAAUGCACAGUCAGGAGGCUGGAGGUCCACUCCUCCUUCAUCUGCCAAACAGAAGCAAAAGCAGACAGAGCAUGUUCCACCAUAUGAUGUCGUACCCUCCAUGAGGCCGGUUGUGCUGGUUGGACCUUCACUGAAAGGCUAUGAGGUGACGGAUAUGAUGCAGAAAGCACUGUUUGACUUCCUAAAGCACAGAUUUGAUGGAAGAAUCUCUAUUACACGAGUGACUGCCGAUCUGUCUCUGGCUAAAAGGUCUGUACUCAAUAAGAAAGCCAUCGUGGAGAGAUCCAAUACACGCUCCAGCUUAGCUGAGGUCCAGAGUGAGAUAGAGAGGAUAUUUGAGCUAGCAAAGUCCUUGCAGUUGGUGGUACUGGAUGCAGACACCAUUAACCACCCAGCACAACUGACCAAGACUUCCCUCGCUCCCAUCAUCGUGUAUGUUAAAGUGUCGUCCCCAAAGGUUCUCCAAAGACUCAUCAAGUCCAGGGGAAAGUCUCAAAGCAAGCACCUAAAUGUACAGAUGAUGGCAGGAGACAAACUCGCCCAGUGUCCAGCGGAAAUGUUUGAUGUCAUCCUGGAUGAGAAUCAGCUGGAGGAUGCAUGUGAACACUUGGCCGAGUACCUGGACAUCUACUGGCGUGCAACUCACCUGCCUGGCUCCGCCCCUGCAAACCCCCUAUUGGAGCAAAAGGUGGUAACCCCACCCUCAGGCAACUCCAGCCAACAGUUCUCUGAGACCCAGGAAUUGAUUGAAUGAGUGCUGUCAAAGCUCUGGCUUACAGUACAGGUGGUGGAAAGUUCCAGAGCCUCCCUCAGUCCGUCUCUCAGAGGUCAGCCCCUCUCGGCCUCUGAAUGGAGCAGCUGCCCCCUGAGGGGGAGGAGGAUGGAGAGAUGAGGAUAUAUUAGGAAGAGGAUGAACUCCACCAUACCGGGCACACAGGAGGCACCACUUCGAUCCGCAACUAGCACAGCCGUCUAUGUGUGCCCCGUCUCCACAUCUCAGGACCGCUCCUCUGCAGCACAACUUGCACACACACAUACACACACACACACACAGAUGCAACACAAUUCCUGGCAGUAAACGCUUGAGAGCCCUAUUCGGAUAGGAUUAAUUCUACAUGGGCCGUUGAUUCUUUACAGGUGCUACUCCAUGAUCUUAUUUUUACCCGGAUCGGCAGGGUUGGUGUAUUCCUCUGUCCUCCUAUGAGAAGAUUCCAACCCAAAAUACCUACUAGUCUGUGGUGGGUUUCCCAAAAGCCUCUUAACGCUAAGAGCAUCUUAA